GGAUCAUCCGCAUGAAUACGUCGUAGAGAACCAUCACCGUCUUCAUACGGGCCCGGGCACUUUCUAGGUUGUCGUCAGAAAAUUUCACUCAUAAUGGGUAUCGUUGAGAAGGUAAGCUACCUAGCACGUUCUGAACGACGCUGACCAGCGACUGUCGCGGUACUUUAUCUUGAUAUACUUAUUCUCCAGAUCAAGGAGAUUGAGGAGGAAAUGGCUAGGACCCAGAAGAACAAGGCUACCGAAUAUCACCUUGGUCUUCUGAAGGCAAAGCUAGCUCGGUACCGGGCCCAGCUUCUCGAGCCUGCUUCAAAGUCUGGGCCAGCUGGUGUCGGUUUUGACGUGCAGAAAUCAGGAGAUGCCCGAGUUGCAUUAAUAGGAUUUCCGUCGGUUGGGAAGUCCACCCUCCUAAGUAAAUGCACUCACACCGCGUCCGAAACAGCAGCAUAUGAAUUCACAACCCUUACUGCAAUACCUGGAGUGAUCGAAUACCAAGGAGCACGUAUACAAUUGCUCGAUCUUCCUGGAAUUGUCGAGGGUGCUAGUCAAGGCCGCGGUCGAGGACGACAAGUUGUUGCUACUGCGAAGACGGCUGAUCUCAUUCUCGUCAUGCUCGAUGCAACAAAGUCCGAGGAGCAGCGACGGCUUCUUGAGAUUGAACUCGAUGCAGUUGGCAUCCGCCUUAACAAACGCAAACCCGACGUAGUGUUCAAACGGCGGACAACUGGUGGUCUGAAUACUACCGUAAAACUCACGAAGACAGAUGAGAAGACUAUUCGUACCAUUCUGGCAGGAUAUAAACUCCACAACUGUGAUGUGAUGAUCCGAGAAGAUAUUACAACCGACGAGUUCAUAGAUCUAUAUGUGCCGAGGUGGAUUGCUCAUUUGACUCGCAGGAACUCGAAAAUAUAUACCUUGUCUAUGACUUGCGAUGAUCAGGUAGAUAAACUUGCUAGAACAGAGAAUACGGUCGUGAUCAGUUGCGAGAUGGACCUCAAUCUGGACUACCUUAUCGAACGGAUAUGGGAAAGCUUAGGGCUUGUCAAGGUCUAUACGAAGAAACGGGGUGCACGACCCGACUUGUCGGAUCCUGUGUGUUUGAGAAAAGGUGCCACUAUCGAAGGGCGUUCAUCCAAGUUCUCGCCUCACGCACAGAAGGUCAGUCUGAACCAUCAGCUACAAGACGAGGAUGUUGUUUCAAUUUUCACGAAGUAGCCACUGGUCAGUUACGGCUAUUGGCAGCAUAUGCUUACCAGUAGAAAACAUUUUAUGAAAAGAAGAAAACAAAUAUCUCGAGGGCCAGUUCUCGACCUCUAUAUGUUGUCGCGUGCCAAAAAAAAUCAACGUCGGUGCAUGCCCUCGCGAAGCUUCCUAUCCACAGUUUGACCACACUUUGGUUACACAUACGUGGAUUACAAGCUUUUCCAUAUAACCAGCGACUGGAGCUUUCGUAGACCAGAUAUUACUAAGUACAACCCACUCGUGAAAGUUUUGGAAGGCGCUCCCAAUUCAGGUUUUGCAAAAUAUAUGUACUAGGACUUUGGCAUACUUAUGUUUAUAUGUUUGCCGUGGUCCAUGGAUCGCAGUGUCAAUGUAUUGUACGAAUGUCAUGAACUUCCCGGCGCA